AUGGACCCACCUCAUCGGCUUUUAACAACGCAUGACAUUGAUAGUGCUUUCAAAGCUGUGAGGACAGAACAGGGAUCUGGCAGAAAAAUAAAGAAAGUUGCCAUUGAAAUUGUCAAUACUGCUGUACAGAAAGAGAAGCAAGCACAACGACAGGCAGGUACAUCUUCUGUGGGCAGGUAUACAAAGGAGCUAGAAACAGUCACAAGCAAGUUGCGCUGCCCCAACCAUCCAAAGCUCAGAGAGGACACAUUCUGCUGGGUCAAUGCAUCCCAGCCCGACGCUCCACACUAUCUGUUGUGCACCCGGGACCUACAGGAGUGGGCUAAAUAUUUGCACGAAACGACAUCUCCGAGUCAUUUCAAUGAAAUUCAAAAGACACGUAAGGAGCGAACUACGUCAUCGCUCCAGAGGGUGCCCACCAAAAUCAUACCACCCAUCAUCCAUAAUCAUAUCCACCUCCCACCUCCCACUAAUGACACAAUCUCUGACGGAAUGCUUGUGAGAGAACAAGAAAAGGGCUAUAUGGCUCCCCAACUGCUCAAGAGGACUUUUGCGCUCUAUAUGAAGAGCGAUGAAGAGUCCGACGACGACGAACCUCCGCAAUGUAUUGAGGAUGUCCUUAGGACCGUCCAUUCUCGCUACCCUGUGAUGAACUUUCCCCAAUAUGCCAAUAAACUGAAGGACCACAGCAUUUUUUAUUUGCCCACUGCAGCUCAUUUCAGUGUUAGGGCCUGUACAGCGACAGAUUAUUACACAGAUUAUCGCUUUGGAUUAUUUGUACAGAUUAUUCCCACACAACCUGGCGUGACUUUUCGGUGCUUUCCGCCAUCACCUAGAUGUCACUCACCCAAACCCUAA